AUGAGAGUCCUCUCCCUUUUGUCCGCCAUCUGCCUCGUUUCCACCUGCCGAGGCCACAGGAAUUUAUUUGCCAGAAAUAACUACCUGCAGUACCUGCGGUCACAGAACUUCAUGCAAGAAAAACCAAAGUACCAAAAGUUAAACCAAUAUUACUCGGAAGACCUGAACGAGUUUGACAACUAUGAAGAUGACGAAUUGGAUGCGGAAAAUCUGGAGGCGACAAGCAAAGAGAGGGUGACCCAGAAGAGUGACACCAGCAGUAGCAGCAAUGAGAACAAAUUAGAAUUUAAAAAUAUCGAAAAGGAGCUGAACAACACGGGAGAAGUUUUACACGAAGAAAAGGAUAACCUUCUCCUAUUGGGGGGCGGUCGAGAAUGCUCCGUGAGCGACAAAGGCAUUUUGGAUGUGUCACUCAACUCAAGUGACAUUUUUAACUUAAUCAAGUAUACAGUCGAAAUAUCCUCAUCGGGAAUACUCAUUAGGGACACACAAAAUUCCAAUGUCGUCAAAGAAAUUUCAUUUGACACUGUAAAGCUUCCAAUAGAGACCAUAGAAGAAACGAGGGAAUGCUGGAAAAUACGCUCCCAUACGGAAACAUUCCUCUUUUGUGAACGAAGCAAAGAAGACAGAGAUAGGUGGAUUACUAACAUAUUAAAAGCUUUGUUUUGUUAUAAUACAAAUAAUUUAACUAUUGACGAGAGUGUUCCUACGGGACUUAGCUCGAAGGUGGAUAUUCCAAAGGAAUCAACCGUCGAUGCUAGAAUAGCAGCUUCUUUGAAGGGUGAGCCAAAUGGCAGUGGAGACAAUUCUUCCCAUGGUCGUGCAAAACGGAAAGGAAAUAAUAACAUUACCAUUUCGAAUUUAAAAAAUGACAAACCAGAAAUUGUGGUUAAC